CCUACCAAAAAGAUAAUGAUGCAGAUGAAGCUUUUCUUCUCCUUUUAGAGUCCCUUGAGGAUGAUUUACAAGAUGAGGGAAAAGAGAAGGAAUUAAGACUCCAUGGGACACUGCCAGAAAGAGGGGAGGAUGAAAAGGAGAACUGUUGGGAUGGAAAUGAAUCACUGAGGCGGAAUCAGGCAGACCAGAGGAGAGACAUAUCUCACAGAUAUCCGAGUGCCGUUGCCUCUGAAGACGAAAUGGGAAAAACAACAAACUGGAGCAUCAGUGCUCUUCGAAGCUCAGAGUAUCCACAAAACAUCCCUCUGAGGAAAGGUCCAGUGAAAUGUCCAACAUGUCACGCUGAGAUAAAUCUGUGUCACUGUUUGGAGGAUGGAGAAAGUUUCAGAUGGAGCCCAGAAGAGCCAAGAUUUCACACAGGGGAGAAACACAAAUGCUUUAGCUCUGACUUUAAAGCACCUCAACCAAUGCAUUCUCAAGGGAAAGGUUGUAAGUGCACAGAGUGUGGCAUGAGCUUCAAGAGAAGUUCAGAACUUGAAAGACAUCAAAGAAUACACACAGGAGAGACAGCAUACAAAUGCCAUGAAUGUGGACAGGCCUUCACACGCAGUUCACAUCUUCAAGUACAUCAACGAAUUCAUUCAGGAGAGAAACCCUAUGAGUGUAAAGAAUGUGGGAAAUGUUUCAGUCAUCUCUCAGCUUCCAAACAUCAACAAAUUCACUAA